AAUUUUCUGAAGCUCUGCAAAGUCAAGUACUACAACUAUUGUCUUAUUCAUAAUGUACAGAGGGAUUUUAUUAUACAAACCGGUGACCCCAUGGGAACUGGCCGUGGAGGGGAAUCCAUAUUUUGUCAACUGUAUGGUGAUCAAGCUAGAUUUUUUGAGGCAGAAAAAGCGCCGAGAAUUAAGCACAAGAAAAAGGGAACCGUGUCAAUGGUGAACAAUGGCAAUGAUCAGCAUGGAUCACAGUUUCUUAUUACUACAGGGGAAAACCUGGAUUAUCUUGAUGGUGUGCAUACAGUAUUUGGAGAAGUGACAGAAGGCAUGGAUGUAUUGAAGACAAUCAAUGAAACCUUCGUGGAUAAGGAUUUUAUCCCAUAUCAAGAUAUCAGGAUAAAUCAUACAGUAAUUUUAGAUGAUCCAUUUGAAGAUCCACCUGGCUUGUCUAUUCCUGAUCGCUCACCAGAACCUACUAAGGAACAGCUAGAUAGUGGUAGAAUAGGAGCAGAUGAAGAAAUCGAUGACUUGAAAGGACGGUCUGCAGAUGAAAUAGAAGAAGUUCAAGCAGAAAAAGAAGCAAAAACUCGUGCCAUUCUUCUGGAAAUGGUGGGAGAUUUACCAGAUGCCGAGGUCAAGCCACCAGAAAAUGUGCUCUUUGUUUGUAAACUGAAUCCUGUGACCACAGAUGAAGACCUAGAGAUAAUAUUUUCACGAUUUGGUCCUAUUAAAAGCUGUGAAGUGAUCCGAGACUGGAAGACUGGUGAAUCUCUUUGUUACGCUUUCAUUGAGUUUGAAAAGGAGGAAGACUGUGAGAAAGCCUACUUCAAAAUGGACAAUGUGCUGAUAGAUGACAGACGAAUACAUGUGGAUUUUAGCCAGUCUGUUGCAAAGAUUAAGUGGAAGGGAAAAGGUGGGCAGUAUACCAAGGAUGAUUUCAAAGAGUACGAAAAGGAACGUGAUAAACCUUCAAAACUUGCUCUGAAAGAGAAGGUAAAACCAAAGCAGGAUGCCAAGUACGACCUUGUGCUGGAGGAGGAUAUAGAAGAGUCUCAAACAAGUCAGUCACACUUGGCUAAAAAACAAAAGAAGAAAAAGCACCAUCACUCUGAAGAUGAAGAGGAUGACAAGAGGACCAAAAAAUCUAAG